GCGUUGGUCUCUGCAGCAUCCCGGCGCUGCGGCAACCCUACUCGUUGCCUUCCUUGCUUUUCUGCCUUUUUCCAGCCCUCUUCACCAUCCGAUGCUGCCUCUUUCAGGCAGGUCCGCGCGCGCUACUUCCUGAGGCAGAGGAUAAAAGCUGUCUGAGUCUACGCUCACCUACCCCCGGCUCUAACCUUUCAAUCCCCCGCCCAGGGGACAUCCGCUCACAGCGGGCUCCGGCCCCAGGCACUGUCCCGCUACCGUGCUCCGGAAAGGCUUCUCAGCGCCGCACUCCGGCGAACUCGGGAACUCGACCGAUCUGCGACUCAAUAUCUCGAUCGGCAGUCUUAGUCUCCGGAGAGAGAUCCGAGGACCGUGAACAACGAUGCCCGCACACUUGCUGCAGGAGGUCUCCAGCUCCUACACAACCACAACUGCUACUGUCACCACACCACACUCCAGGCUCCCACAGGGUGGAGAGGACAAGCUGGGGAAGAACCCCCUGCCCGCUGAAGAAGACAUCCGUCCUGAGUUCAAAGACGACAUCUAUGACCCCAGCUACCAGGACGAGGAGGGCCCCAGGCCCAAGCUCCAGUAUGUCUGGAGAAACAUCAUCCUCAUGGCUCUGCUACACAUCGGAGCCCUGUAUGGGAUCACCUUGGUGCCCAGUUGCAAGUUCCACACCUGGCUCUGGGGGAUAUUCUAUUACUUAGUCAGUGCCCUGGGCAUCACAGCAGGAGCACACCGUCUGUGGAGCCACAGGACUUACAAAGCCCGGCUGCCCCUGAGACUCUUCCUAAUCGUUGCCAACACCAUGGCCUUCCAGAAUGAUGUGUUUGAAUGGGCCCGAGACCACCGUGCCCACCACAAGUUCUCAGAAACUGAUGCUGAUCCCCAUAACUCCAGACGUGGCUUCUUCUUCUCUCAUGUGGGCUGGCUGCUGGUGCGCAAACACCCGGCCGUCAAGGAGAAGGGUGGGCUGCUGGACCUGUCUGACCUCAAAGCUGAGAAACUGUUGAUGUUCCAGAGAAGGUACUACAAACCUGCUGUCCUGCUGAUGUGCUUCAUCCUGCCCACGUUCGUGCCCUGGUACUUCUGGGGUGAAACUUUUCGACACAGCUUGUAUGUGACCACUUUCCUGCGUUAUGCUGUAGUGCUCAAUGCCACCUGGCUGGUGAACAGUGCUGCUCACAUGUAUGGAUAUCGCCCAUAUGACAAGAACAUUAACUCUCGAGAGAAUAUCCUGGUUUCUCUGGGAGCUGUGGGUGAGGGCUUCCACAACUACCACCACUCCUUUCCCUAUGACUACUCCACCAGCGAGUACCGCUGGCACCUCAACUUCACCACAUUCUUCAUUGACUGCAUGGCUGCCCUGGGCCUGGCUUAUGAUCGGAAGAAAGUAUCCAAGGCUGCAGUCUUGGCCAGGAUUAAGAGGACUGGAGAUGGAAGUCACAAGAGUGGCUGAGUUUUGAGUUAUCAUCUUCUUUUCCAAAGGCCAGCCAUGCAGAGGUUCACUGUUCUGUUUAUUAACUACUGAAUAAUGCUCCAAGGACACUAAAGAUGAUGACUUUAACCCAUUCCAAUACAGUAUUCUUUAAAAAUGCAAAAGUAUUGAAGGACAACUGUGCCAUUUUGAUGCUAAGCUGAUAUUUUCAUUUUCUUCAUUUUUCUUUCCUUUUGUUUUUUUGAUUACUAUUACUUUCCUUUCUCUUCUUCCUCAGUGCUUCCAGGAAAGCAACUCGUCAGUCAUUGGUACUGUGCAUCUUUCAAAGCCUGUACAAGUUUUAAAGAGUCUAAAACUAAUGGUCUUAUUCAAGAAAACUCUCUUUCUUAAGCCUUCUCCGUUUCUGUGUGGUUGGCUCAAGGUGGAGACACCAGGAAACUCUUGGGGAAGGCCAUGUUCACUAUAUUUAAACAGGCUUUGCUAGAUGGAAUGGACAGCUAACUUUAUUGGGUACAAAGCUUCUCUGGAAGGCAAGCUGUCAGGAGAGAGGCUCGCUGCCAGGCAUGACUGGUAAGUGAGGGAGGGGUUGAGGUGGGAUUUGAGUAGAAGACAGUCUCGCUGUGAGGAGGCACACAGCUGCCUGCCUAGCCAGGACGUGCAGCCCCUCCACAUGGAAUGCUUCCUUUCUCUCCUGACUGUGAGGAGGACUGGCCUGGAGCUUGGACAGGCAACACACAACAGCAAAUCUCAGUGCCUCAGCAGGCUCUGGACAGAGGUUAGGGCAGCAGCAUUUAGGCUGCAGUACAAAUGCUCAUGGCUGGGGAGGGAACUUCUUAUCUUUAAUCACAAGGAGAGUUCUUGUUUCACGGAACAAGCAGUGUGCUGGCUUGACGUGUCUGUAACAGGUGAACACAACAGCUCCCAGAGUGCUGAGCAUUCCCUGAGCUCUCAUCCAAGUUCUCUGGGGUUUCUGCUCUGUUAUCUUCAGGACACUGGUCACUCUCCACCCCUCAGAGUAAUAAGGUGGCAGUGGCAUUUCCAGGCACCCCAAAAUGGAAGGCUAUUAGGAGCUGGAGUUUGUCAAACAUAAAAAUAUGGAAACCUAAAUCCUUUGCUUGGUGUAUGAGAAUUCUUUCCACUGGGAUACUUCCCUGUGUUCACAGGGAACCUGUUCUGUGUUCACAGAACCCUGAAGGAGACAGGAAUUAGGUGGGUCAUCUUUGCCUCAGUACCUGUCCUACUCCUGGGCAGGAGAUGGAGGGGCAGGGUCUAUAGGCAGCUCCUGGAUGAUGACUUUCAAAGGAGGAGCUGGAAGUCCACACUGCCAAGAGAUCAGAAAGGUGCUGAGUAAGCUAUCAGGUGUCCUAAUGAAACAAGUUCAGUGUUAGUGAAAAACUGGUACUAAUGAAUGGACAAGUAAGACAAGCUACAAGGCUUCUCUUCACCAUGUUGUAUCCAUUGACUUACUCUACACUCUGUUGACAUGCAGCUUCAAGUACAGGACUCCCUGCGAGGGAGGAAUGUACUAAGGAGCCUGACUCUUCAUUCUGGCCUCUGCCUUCUCUGAUCCUUCUCUCCUACCAAUUCUGGCCCUUCCCUCAUGCUGGCUCUGGCAAGGCAGCCUCCAUGCAUGUGUUCAGAGACAGUGACAACCUGCUGUCCAGGCAGCUCCUCCUGCAGACAAUGCUCAGGGGCCCCUGACCUCUGCUUCCCUUCCACGAGGAGAGCUGCUCCACAUUCCCGUGCCCCUCGGUCACACUGAUGCCUCCAGACACAGCUGGCACAGCCUCCUGCCUCCUGGAGGUCCUCUCUCUGACACAAACGCUCCCAUUGUACCACUCUGAGCCCUCGCUGGGGCCAACGUGGGUUUGUGUCAGCCUCCUGUGUCUGGGACAGAGCAGAGAGCACACCAAGUGCCCUGCUUGCUCAAUCAGGUGGUCCUAGCUGAUCCGGGCUCCCAGCUGACGGUGGGACACUGCAGGAAGGGGGAUACCUUGUCCUCAGUGGGAUGCACACGAGGCAAGGCCCAGGUCCUGAGUGCCUCACUUUGAAAGGGGCCCUGAAUCUGGAGCAGGCUGUGCUGCAGAGCUUUGGCGGAACGUGGGAGCAGAGAUGCCAUGCUCCUUGCUGAACAGACUUCCCGUUCUGCAACUACCCAGCAUUCUGCCUCCACACAGCCAAGGACAGACAAUAGCAUAGAAGAAGCCUGGAGAACACAGAACCUCAGUGUUUUUGAAAUCUUGGGCUUGUGUCCCUGUGCCCCAGUCAUCAAUGCGAAGCCUAGCUUUGUUCUAUUAAGAUUGGAAGUGUACAAUGUCACAUGCUGUGUCCAUUGUUGUGACCCUGGGUGGUGUAGGAAAAGUGUCUGUAACCUAAUAGUGUUUUUCCAGGAUUAACCUGCAAAGGCGUCCUGGUUUUUGAGAUGUUCAUCUCAGCAGAGGAAAAUCCAAUGGAAAUCACUGUCCUUUUACUUGCUGACCCAUUGCCUACCCCUUUGGAAAAGUUGUGAAGUAAAUACUUUCCCAGGUCAUCAGAUGACUCCUUUAUAAUAUACAGAUGAGAAGGAACAACACUCUGUUACAUUGUAAGCAUGCAGUUUGGAUCUCAUCCCACCAAGGCUGGAUGGAGACCCCAGGCUGAGGUUCAUCUAGAAAAGUUGGUAUACAGGAAAGGGUGUGUCUCUGCAUAAGGAAUGUCAUUUCCAGGUUCUGCAGCUCAAUUCAUGAAACAUGAAUCAGAAUCUUAGACGUGAUCAAGAGUGUAACUUUUGACCUGUCCUUGCUUAGAUAUGUUGACAGCCUAUUUGGGUGCCUUACAUCUUUUCUAAUUCAAAUUCCCUAGAAGCCUGCCCUCAAUCUCUCUGUGGAGCCCCUUAGCACCUGAGGGCCUGUACGUGUGGCUGGUAGAGAAAGGGCCUGGCUGGUUCUCUGCAGUGAUUUUCAGGGUUCCAUCUGGGAUUCAGUUUGGAAACUUUCUUUAGGGUUGUUUAAUUAAGUGUUUAUAUUUGAUGGAGUGUGGAAGUAUAAUUUGAAUGUAUUAUUUUCUAAUUCUUUUUUUAAAAUAGAUUAAACGUGGUUGUUGAAGUUAAAAUGGAAAAAUUUCACUUUGAUUUGUUAGCUUUUUGAGUGAAUUCUGUGUUAACAGAGCUCAAAUGGGUUAGUGUGCAAAAUGAAGAAAGCAUAUGGCAAUGUUUUACUGGUGGUUCAAGGCCAGGUCCUCUUCUACUCCUGUGCCACUGACUCGCUCUGUGACUCCUUCCUUUGAUCAUAGCCCACACUUGUAACAGUGAACACACCUCCUCUGCUAUGAGGACCUAAUCAUUGAAGAGGGUGGAGCCCUCCUGACCUAAUGACUUCAUCAUGGUCUCACCUUUCAACACUGUUGUCAUGGUUAUACAGUUUCUAAUAUACAAACUCUGGGAGACACACUCAAACCAUAGUAUUGGUCAAGUGACUUAACUAUUUUGUGCCUCAAUUUUCCUUUUGUUAAAAUGGGGAUAAUAAUAUUGACCUACCUCAAAAGGCAGUCUUGAGGCACUAGUAGUGCUUUUUAUCAAGCAUUUGGGGAUCCUUUGGCAGAGGAAUUCUGGCCCUGAAUAUUUCUUCAGUAGCUGUGUCCUCCCUGAACUUACUACUACAUGUGUUCCAGAGGCUUGCUUAGUUUCCCUAGCUCUGGACGGUGAAUGAAUCCCUUGGCUAAGCAGUGAAUAAUUAGUCAAAGGAAAUAUGAGAACACAUCCUCAUUGCCAUGUAAGUAGGUACAUAACACCUUUUCAUAGUUUGGUAGGGAUUCCCCUUUUCCCCCCUUUAUGUGGGACAGGAAUUGUUUGUGACCUAAGAGUAAUUCUGGAAUAAUUUCUAUUAAUAUCAAGUCUGAAGCUAGUUGUACUGAUAUGACAUUGUGUUUGUUCAUAAUAAAAGUGAAGUGAAACUGA